AUGGCGAGAGAACCGAUCAGCGCCGAAGACAAGCGGGCCGGCGCGCGGGAGGGCGGCCGCGGCGGGCCAGUUGCGGGCGAUGCCUUCCCCACGCGUCCCGCGGCGCUGCCCCGGCCGCUGAGGCAACUGGAGCCCGCCCUGGCGCCCGGCCCCGGCCGCCUGCGGCCCCGCUGUGCUCGGGGCGGCUGCCGGGGAGGUUUGCAAGUGCGGGGAAAAGAGGAAGUCUAUGUCCUGACGGCUAGUACCCGGUUGUCUGGCUCCCAGAGACUUUAUGGACCAAGCGAGCCGGCUGCAAUCCGCUGGUGUAGAAACGUGUCCUCUGUCGACAUCUGUGUGACACGGCAGCGACGCUUGCCUGGGCAAAGCCUUACUGUCCCGACCGUGCGGGACACCCAGCCGAGCGGCUUUUGGCUCUGUCGCCCGAGGGAACGAGAGGGAGGAACGGGCCGGGAUCGCCAAAAGGGUGGGCUCCGGCUGCGGGAGCAGGCGCCGGCGGUCCCCGCCCCUCCUCCGGCAGCGCUCUCCCUUCCGUCUCGCAUCCUUCUGCCGCAGCCCGCCGAGGAGCGAGGUUUUUGUAGAGUGAAGAUGAACGAAGAGACUGUGUGUGCAGUACAACUUGGAGAAAAUUUCUGCCUCUAUUUUGCAGAUGAUGAUGGGCUGGAGUGCGAUGCCCUCUGUAAGGAAAAAACUCUCCACCGAGUCCUUCGAAAUGUCAAUAGCCAGUUGCUUGUGGUUCGACCAGAUUUAAACAUGGCAGCUUUUGAAGACGUGACAGAUCAGGAGAUGAAAUCUGGCAAGGGAAUGCACUUCAACAUUCACUAUUACAAAACUACUACACCUUCAGCAGGGAUGCCUGUUGCAUUCAGCAUCCAGGUAGAAGAUAAAAGUUAUUACAUGUGUUGUGAGAAGGAAUGUGGAAAAAUGACAAUUCGAUUUAGAGAAGGAGAAGUUCCCAAAGACAUUCCUGGUGAAAGUAACAUAAUCUUUUUCAAAAAGACAUUUACAUCUUGCAGCUCCAGAGCAUUUAAGUUUGAAUACUCACUAGAACAAGGAAUGUUCUUGGCCUUUGAGAAAGAAGGCUACUUAAGAAAAUUAAUUCUGAAAAAGCUGUCAAGAGAAGAUGAAGUGGAUGAAACCAUGAAGAUAAGUUUCUAACUUCAAUCAGAAUGAAAGUCAUAACCUAUGACAUACUGUAACAGUCUUAAAAUAUAUUCUGGCUUUUUAUUAAAGAAAUAUUAUUUCCUUAUCUGAGGCAAGCCAGUUUUAUGUUUUUCCCUACCAUAAGUCAGUACAAAAACAAGUAUCUUGCAAAGCAAAACAGACUCAAAUACUUGC